AUGCUCGCUAUCAUCUCUGCCCUUGUACUCUAUCUCGCGGUCGCCCUCGCAGCCCCCGCCCCCACUCUGGAAGAACGCUCAUCUCGUCCCAUCCCAAUGUACAUUCAUCCCCGGUCGGCACCCCACAUGUGCCUCACGGCUUUCAGGCAGGGCCAAGGACAGUACCUAGGUGCACGCAUGUACAUCCACAACUGUACCGGAGCCGAGAACCAGCAGUUCAGAACUGCGUACGGUGACACCGUACUGGAAUUCCGAGGCACGAGCGCACAAGGCAACAAGGAAAAGUAUUGUGUUGUAACCGACGCCGUGCAACCGGACAAUCCCACCGUGGACCGCACUAAUGGCAAGCCGGCAAUACUCUAUCAUUGCCCUCCGCAUAAGGACGCCAAGCCCACCGGCGACACUUCUCGCCCAGUUAACGGCGUUUGGGUCCAGUACGACCACGGCACCAUCAAGCUCAAGAGCACCAACGUGUGUCUUGACCUCAAGGACGGGAACACGGCCCAAGGCACCCCCGUCCAACAGUGGCAGUGCUACCGCGGAAACCAAAACCAGCAGUGGCUUGUCAACAACAAAAUCACAGCCUAG